CCGAAAGCCUCUGAGAACUCGUUGCUUGCUCUCGAAUGAGCACAAUGACAUAUCGGAACACUUCCCGCGCUCCCAGCGGCGAAGGGAGCACCUACCCAUCGCGGAAACAUGGGGGCACCCAAAAGGGGGUAUCUUCGCCGCAGCGGACCCUUAUUGUUAUUCGAACCGCGCGCCCACAGACCACCCGCCCUUGUUCCCAGGCUGGUCCGCGCACGAUAAAACCCGGCGCCCUUCCUUCGCCCCCCUUCCACACUUUUCCUGCGACGCCCACAUCCGCGCGCAUAACCAUCGCAAUCGUUCCCGGCCGAGCCCUUUGACUCUCAGGCUUUGGGCGAACUCAACGCCAUAUACGAUGGACCCCCCAUCGCUUGACGCCGUCUUGGCGUCUAUACAGGCUGUCGGCGCCGUCAUCCAAACCUUCUUCCGCGUCCUCUACCACGUCCAGUAUUCCUUCGCCGACGCGCUCGGCUUCGUCUUCCCCCCUGAGCCCACCGAGUUCGAUCAGGUCGCCGAUUACUUCGUCCCUUUCCUUCGAUAUGCUCGCACGCUGUACGAUGCGCUCCCCAGUGACGCGACCUUGAUCGACUUCAACACCGUCCCCGAACUCCUCACCAUCCUCUGGCCCGUCGUCGCGGCGAUGCUCGUCGCAGCUUCCUUUACUUUCUUCGGCCCCAACCGCUUCACCCUCCACACCUCCACGGUGUACUUCCUGGUCAUUGCCUCUAUCCCCAUCGUACGCAACUACAACAUGUCCGGGAUAUACUGCGUCAUGAUCAGCGACGCGAUAUCUCCUCGGUACGACGACUUGAUAUCUCCUUGGGCGCUCGCAAAGCCAGGCUGGGACAUCUUGGUGCCCCUGGUGCAGCUGUGGAACAUCCCAGUGCACAUCGCCCACAAUCAUGACUUCAUCCUCUACUACAUCCGGGAACUCUGGUAUCGAGGGUACACCUGGGAGAAGGACCUGGCCCACUUCGCCGUGCGGUUCCUCCUGCUUGCAACCGGGGUACAGGUUGGACUGGUCCUGAACACCAUCACCGUCUGGGUAUACUGGACGCUCCGGACCAUCCUCGCCGCCGUCUGCCUCCCCCUCAAGGCCGCCGUCGGCCUGCUUGAUCGGGUCAAGCCAGACUUGCGCAAGCAGGUCGUGCGCUCCCUCGAGGCUCUCGUAGUCUCGCGCCAGGAUAUCAAGGCCUACUUGCUCGAAACGCUGGGAAUCACCCCGCCCGACGACGAUGCCGGGUUCCACGAGCGCGCGCGCGCGCUCGCGUCCGCGACGCGGGAGGAGAUUCUGGCGAGGAAGCGCAUCCUGCCCGACGCGCCCGCCUUGACCACCGAAUUGGACAACGCUGCCGAUCAAUCCUCUUCCGCUUCCUCUGACGACGAUGAUUCGGAGCCUGUCGUCGAGGAUGAAGCUGUUGUUGAAGAUGCACCUGUCGCCGUCAACGAAGACGAAACCGUCGAUGUCGUCGAAGAUGCACCCGUCGAUGUCGUCGAAGAUGCACCCGUCAGCGUUGAACUCGAGCCCGCCAGCGUCAACGUCGAACAUGAAGUUGCCAGCGCCAACGAAGCCGCCGACCUGGAGACGGACGUCAGCCCCUCUCCCCCUUCCCCUUCAUCACCUCCUACUACCCUUCUAUUGCCUCGUGCCGCUGAGGACUCAGGUUCCGACUCUGACGCCGAGGACGGGCAUUCCGAGCAACACGAGAAAUCCGAACACUCUGUCUCUGAGGACGAACACUCUGUCUCUGAGGACGAGCACUCCGACCAAUCCGAGCACUCGUCGACGACCCUGAACCAGCCCACUUCCGCAAUCGAGGACAAAGAGGACGAGUUCGAUGAGGACAUGGACGAAGUGCCCGUCGGGGACGAGGGCGAAGACGCCGUCGAGGAUGUCCAUGCGCUUGACGCCGAGCCCGUCAAUGCCCCCGAUGCUCAGCCCAUCAACGUCGUCGAUGUUGUUCCCGACGGACCUUUCAACACCGAGCCUACCGACUCCUUCUAUGCCGAGUACAUCAACGGCUUCGAUGUCGAGCCCGCCAACACCUCCGAUGUCGUGGACACCGCCUCGUCCACCGAGGACUCCGCCCCGUCCGCCGAGUACACCGUCCCGUCCGCCGAGCACAUCACCCCUCCUGCCGAGUACAUCGUCUCCAACGCCGACUACAACAACGCCGCCUUUGACAUGGCUGACUUCCCUGAGCCAGUCGCCCAGGACUUGUCUGGAUCAGCCGUCCAAGAUGACAACCAGGCCGCCGUCCCGGAUGCGCUACUGGAGAUACCCUCGAUCUUCGACCUACUAUCCGCUCCCUCCCCCGAUGAGGCCUCGACGCCAUCGGCGUCUGAGCUUGGCACCGAUGCCCCCAGUGAGACGUACAUCACGUCUAACGACGCAUACUACGAAGCCUUCACCCCGAACACCGUCCCCGAACCCUCCCAAGAUGUCCUCUACUCGGCCCAACCUGACUUCCCGGACAUGUCUGACGAGGACAAGCUGGCGCUUAUGCAGCUCGCACAGCAGAAUGCGAUGUACUUCAACACAUUGUACCAGAGCUCCGUUCCAUCCCCCGCCUAUAUCGCAGACGCGCCAGAAAUAUUCGACGCGUCAACUGCCCCGUUGCUUGAAGCGACGGACGACGAUACACAUUCCAGUGCCUACUCACAUCCCGACGAGUACACACUUCCAACCGCACCCUACCCUGACUUUGCCUCGGAGGUCGUAUCACGAGAUCCUACGGACGGCGCCAUCAUCUACUCUACCCAGGCCGGAGAAGCACCUGUAGCUGCGGACCACGCCUCCGACGCGCCGUCCGAGGCCCCGUUGCCCGAGGCGACGGAGGACAACUCGCUUGCAAAUACUUCCUUUGAAUCCUUCAUUGCCGUGACAGGCGUAGCGGAUAUUUCGACCGCGUUCACCUUCGAGGACGCGAACGUCGCUCGCCGCUGGGCCGAUGUCGAAAACGAAGUCCUUAGCGCACUGGACCAGGAUGUCGAAGAGGACCUGCAAGCCUUCCUGGAGAAGAUCACACUCGAACACUUCCGCCAGGGCUUCUUGCACGCAGUCGCCAGUAAGUUGGACAAAGGCCUUGCUUACCGCAUGGACGCCCUUCAACCAUCGCGGUGGUCCGGCAUGCUAAUCCUGGAAUGGACCGAUGGAGAAUGGCUUGGCCGGCAGUACGCGCAAGUUUAUGAGCGUGCGCGGGAUCAGUCCAUGGUCCGCGAGCUGAAAGCAGAGGGCGUGAUUCAAGCGCUCGCGUACAGGAUCAUCUUCGGCAUAUACAACCUGGCUUAUCCCGACGACUACAAGAUCGCAAAGACAUGGAGCGAAUAUCUAUCGGCUGUAGCAGAGGCACCUAACGCACCGCAAUCCGACAUCUUGGCGGUCGUGGCUGACGCUCCGUUCACGCAAGCCGACUUGGAGCGCUGCCAGAAGAUCCAUCGCAAGGAAAAAGUCGACGACGCGGCAUUCGAAUGCGCUGUCGUAUACUCCGUAGCGCAUCACCUUGUUUCCCCCGCCGACUUCCUACUCGAUGAGUGCCCGCGUUCCUUGGAUCCUCACGUCUGGAAGAUGGUACACGCCUACGUCUACUCGUUGGUCGCCGACGAUGUUCUUUCCGCGACAUUUUCCGAGGUGCCGAGCGAAGUGGUGGAGAUCCUGGAAGGACGUGAUGUGACGCUGUCCUUGACUGAUGACGCGGCUCCUAUGGAGUUUGAUACCUCCUUGGACGACAGCGCGGACUCCAUUUCUGCACUCGACACGUUCGUGGACGAGCCCCAGAUCGACGUUGCGUUCCUCGACCCUAUCUCGCCCUACCUCAUGUCCGACCCAAGGCUCGCCCCGCUGCUCGAGCGACUUGCAGAGUUCUUGUGCAAGACCUCGGACGAAUACAAGGCGGGCUUCUGCGAUGGCUUCGUGGAUCGGAUAUCCCUUGAGAACGACACGACCAACAUGUUCGCUGCUCUUUGUGUUCCCGUGCCCGACGCGGACGCUCGGUCAAAGGACUACAUCCACGGCUACCAGCUCGGCAGCCCCAUCGCCAUCGUCGUUCGUGGCAGCCUCACGGUCUCGUGUGACGACCUCUCCUUCGCCGUCGAGGACUGGAUCUUCAUCGUCGGAUUCUGGAUCAUCACGGAGCUUCGACAGCGGCCUGGUGGAGACGCGAUGGACCUCAUAUCGGGCGAAGUUCUGAAGGAGGAGGUCGGCGACAAGACGCGCCAUGAACUGCGUCGUCAUUCGGCGUUCUUGCGUAUCGCAAGCGGCGCGUUGAGAUAUCUGCCAGGGAAGCGCAGGGUCUAUCGGACGGCUCUCGUCGGCCAGAGUGCUGGAGACGUUGCAGCGGAUCUCUCUGCCAUAGAGCUCGGGGUGCUCAACGCCCUCCGCCGCUUCGGCGAUGACGAGCUUCUGAACGAUUCGGCGAGCGACCAGCUCAUCUAUCACAUCACGCAGAAGCUCCUGACGGAGUGGAUGGUACCUAUAGAGGCUCAGAUCCUCAUGGAGAGCCUUGAUGAGGAGGAAGAAGUUCAACAGCUCGCCGCGCAGGCUGCUGCUAAACGUGUCCAGUCAAAGGGGUCUACUCCGCCGCCACCUACGUCGAUGCCCGCGAAUCCGGAUCCUGAGCCUGCCACCCGGCCCACCACCUCGGGCUUGACGCUCCCAUCCUCGUCUCGGACCACGGCACCACCGACGCCCGCGAGCCCCUCGUCCUCUCGCUCAUUGAGCCCGUCAUCGUCGCGUUCGCCCAGUCCCGCGCCAUCGGAGCCCUCACCUUCGACGCCUACACCGCAGACGCCACCGCCCCUGCCCUCAAGUGUGCCGUCGUCCCCAGUCAGGGCUCCCUCGUCCCCGGUCGUCCCUACGUCGAGCCUCAUCGAGCCCGUCAGCCCCGAGUCGUCUGCGCCUGCGCCGUUCGCGUCGCCUGACGACGAGCCGUCUGCGCCGUCUCAGCAAGAGCCGUUUACACCAGUCGCGGAGGCGCCGUCAACGCCAGCUGCAGAGGUCUCUAUGUCAUCCACGACUGCGCAUGAGCCAUCCACAUCCACUUCGCCCGAGCCCACUGCAUCGACCAUACCAGAUGCGCCUCCCACGCCGGUCGUGUUGCGCCCCUCCAUCCGUGACUACGACCGCGAUCACAAUGGAGUUGCGCAGAUGCUCGCCGCCGCUCGCACAAACGCCGACUGCUUGGACAAGCUUGUCAAGCACGACCCCAUCGGCAUCCUCGGCCUCGCAGACGGCAUCCACGCGUCGAACACUCUGGGAUACAAGGACCAGUCUGGCAAGCCUUCGGCCUACCCACCGGUGCCCGCUGGCAUCGCUGACCGCAAUCUGUACCUCGACGCCUGGGACGUCGGCUUCCGCAUGGAGUACUGGCGCCUCUUCAGCGUAACGACCGGCUUCUCGAAACCUUGGCUCUGCUCCACCUUCAUGGAUGUGCUCAUCGCCGGUAUCGGCCACCGCCUACGGAUGGACGAGCGCGACCUCCCUAUUAUCGAGAACAACUUGGACGCGCCUUCCAUGGACAUGAAGGACAAGCCAUUCCGGACAUUCAGGAACCAGGACGAGCUGUAUUAUUUCUACGAGGACCUCAUACAGUCGCCGGGUGUCUUGGCACCCAGGGGCGACGACGCGGUGUACUCCGGCCAGCCGAAUCUCCACGCUGUGCGCUGGGCCGUGCAGGAUGGAUUGCUGGUCCUCCGCGGAAACGCCUUCGGCCAGGUGGCUGACUACGACCCUGUACCAUCGAGGCUUUACGAGCAAGUACUCGACGAGGUCAUGAGGCAGGAGGAGCUAUUCCCUUACAAAAAGACUUCGUCACGCAACAACCAGACCUCUGGAGGCGGGAGACCAAGAGGCGGGGGCUCUUCUAACCGUGGUAAUGGGGGCGGGCAGCGCGGACGUGGACGUGGACGUGGACGUUAACAGCAUAAAACGCACUAAUUGCAUACCCUCCUCCCAAGUCAGCACACCGUGAGGCGCCGCGGUGCACUGACUUGCGGGGUGCGGCAUCGGCGGGCGGCCACCCGCCGAUGCUGCUGGGUGAGGCCGGCGGAGACGCCCCGCUGGCCUUGCCCGCUAGACGAAGAGGCUCGAGGGUGCCUCAGCUGACAAUCCGGCGAUUGACACUCCCCACUGACCCCCAUCUGUAUCUGUACUCGUAUCUCACACAUACCCCACCUUUGUAGCAUAGUACUUACAUACGUAUUCUCUCUCGAUUUUCUUUGCAAUGGCUGAAAUCCGAACUCGAACUUGUGGGUCCGC